AUGGCUAUCCUUGAUCCAAACACUGAUUCUGGAGUUGAAUCAAGUGAUUCAACCUACACCGCCGCUACUGACCCCAGGGUCAAUCCAAGCUGCCCAUUUUACAUGCAUCCAUCGAAUAAUCCUGGUGCGAUGUUGGUGACAGCUCCGUUCAACGGCGUCGGAUAUCGAUCCUGGAGAAGGAGCAUCCUCAGAGCUCUUUCAGUCAAAAAUAAAGUAGGAUUCAUCACCGAUGAGUACAAGCGACCAGAUCUAGACUCUCCACAAUUUCGUCAGUGGGAAAGGUGCGACGAUAUGGUAACCUCAUGGAUCCUGAAUUCUCUGUGCAAGGAAAUUGCUGACAGUGUUGAGUACGCUAACAAUGCUUUUGAACUUUUGAGGGAAUUGGAAGAUAGGUACGACCAGACUAAUGGCACUAAGUUGUAUCAAAUCCAAAAUGAAAUUAACGAUUUAGCUCAGGGAGUCCUCGAUGUUACCGGAUAUUAUACGAAAAUGAAGAAGCUUUGGGAGGAAUUAAGCAUGAUAAAUUCUAAGUCACAAUGUAGUUGUCAGUGUACUUGUGGGGCUAAGGAGAAUAUGGCAAGGCUGAACAAGAUAGAAGACUUAUUCAGUUCCUCAUGGGAUUAA